CAGUUUCCUUGUGGGGGCGGUUUUGUGUCACGCGCACGCAGCCACGUUCAGACAGAAAGCGGUCGGAAGGUGAUUUUUUUUUUGGUUUUUGAGAAAAGACUCGGAGCGGGGGUGAAGUCGAUCAGAGUGGGGAUCUGUGACGGCUCUUCAUGGCAGUCAGAAGGGGACACGUUAGAUACUUAAAAGAGGUGUACGACAUGUCGAACGGUUAUGAAGAUCACAUGGUGGAUGAGGCGAAGGACGCCAAGACAAACCUGAUCGUGAACUAUCUGCCCCAGAACAUGUCUCAGGAGGAGCUGCGCAGCCUCUUCAGCAGCAUCGGCGAGGUGGAGAGCGCUAAGCUCAUUCGAGAUAAAGUCGCCGGCCACAGUUUAGGGUACGGCUUUGUUAACUAUGUAAACCCUAAUGAUGCAGAAAGAGCAAUCAGUACUCUGAAUGGCCUGAGGCUACAGUCUAAAACCAUCAAGGUGUCGUAUGCACGGCCCAGCUCAGACUCCAUCAAAGACGCCAAUCUCUACAUCAGCGGCCUUCCUAAGAACAUGACCCAGAAGGAUGUGGAGGACAUGUUCUUACGCUACGGACGCAUCAUCAACUCGCGUGUGCUCGUGGAUCAGACUUCAGGUGAGCAGGACGCUCUCAUCUCCCAUAUCUACAGUAAUCUUCUGCUUCUAGUUAGCGCUUCUUCACGACCGUUCCUGUUCCUGUCAGGUCUUUCCCGUGGAGUUGCGUUUAUACGCUUUGACAAGCGUUCUGAGGCAGAAGACGCUGUCAAAGAGCUGAACGGACAGAAACCACCCGGUGCGGCCGAACCCAUCACCGUCAAAUUCGCCGCGAAUCCUAAUCAGAUUAAAAACACACAGAUAAUCCCUCAGAUCUAUCACACACAGUCACGCCGCUUCGGAGGACCUGUACACCACCAGGCCCAGAGAUUCAGGUUCUCCCCAAUGGGCGUGGACCACAUGGGCGGUCUGUCGGGGGCGAACAUGGGCGGGAGCACGCAGACCGGCUGGUGCAUCUUCAUCUAUAACCUUGGUCCGGACGCAGACGAGGGAAUCCUGUGGCAGAUGUUCGGUCCGUUCGGCGCCGUCACCAACGUCAAGGUGAUCCGAGACUUCAACACCAACAAGUGCAAAGGCUUCGGCUUCGUCACCAUGACCAAUUACGAGGAGGCGGCCGUGGCCAUCGCUAGCCUCAACGGUUACAGACUGGGGGACAAAAUCCUGCAGGUGUCCUUCAAAACCAGCAAGACACACAAGUAGAAGGACGUCGCUCGGAAAGUCCCUGUUUUAUAGGUUCAUCUGCUUCUCACACACACACUGUGCUCUUCACCCUGCUCACACACACACACACACCCCUCACGUCACUACAUCACUGCAUUCAUCAAGUCCAUGGUGAUGUAUGGUUUAACUGAGUAUCCCCACACACCCUGUGUGGUGUUCCACAUCAGUCUCCAUCCCCCCCCCCACGCUGUGAAGUCCACAACAUGCGCCAUCAUUCAGUCUUUUUCUUUUGUUGUUUUUUGUUUUUUGUUUUUUUCCAGGUAUGCUAGUAAGAUUUUUUUCUCCUUGGUAGCAUAAUUUCACUUGGCAUAGCUUUGGCAUGUUUUUUUUUUUGUUUUUGUUUUUUAUAAGCUGUAUUGUUGUUCAACACCCCAUCACUGACACUUCUUUUUCCCUCCUCUCUUUUUGUUUUGUUAUUCAGACUGCAAGUUGCUAGUGAGAUUUUCUUAAGGUACAUGAUUACCUGUAUAUUUCUUUUUCUUUUUUGUCCUCUUAGUAUUAUCCAGUUUGUAGUUUUCAGUGCUUGAUGUAAGUAUUGUCACACACACACACACACACACACACAGGUCACGGCUCAGUUGCUGUGUGGACCUCUGAUAGCUGUAUAAGAUCUGAACUCGGUCCUGCUCAUAAACAUGUUCAUGGAGCUGUGUGUGUGUGAUGUCUCUGCCUCUGCUGUCUGUCUGUCUGUACGCAGAACUGCAGCGAAAUAAUCCGCAAGAAUGGGGGAAGGGGCGGGGCCUGGUUCUGCAUGUAGGCGGGGCUAAUGUCAGGAAAUUCGAUUCAAGUUUUGAAUCGAAUCACUUUAUCCCUGAAAUUCAGACAUGUCUCACUGUCCAUGCUUCUGAUUAUUAUGGGAUGUUUUGGAGAUUCUCAGCAGUCACUGAUCCUAGUACAGUGUUUCAGCAUGUCCAUGCUUUAUUGUUUAUUUCCUCCAGUUUUUGACCCCGAGGCACUUUUCCAGAUCCAGGCUGUGGUGUAUCCAGUGAACGAAAGUGUGUGUGUUUGGUUAUUUAAGUUAAAAAAAAAAGAAAAAAAAAAAAGAAAUGAAUAAGAAAGGGAGCGAGUGAAAGGAAGAAGGACCAAAGGAUGAGGAAAGUUCCCCUGAAAAAAAAGAAAAAGACAACAAAAUGUAGUUCCCCUGUUUCUCAUUUCAGCUUCAAGCUUUUGUUAUUUACUUCUUUUCUCUUUUUUUCUUUUUCUUUAUUUACUGUUUUUUGUGGCUUUAGUUGUAUUUUUUUUUUCUCUCACUAAUCGUCAAAAAACGGAGAUAUUUUUCUUUCUUUUUGUGUUUUGAAAUUGUUUGACCAUUCUGAUCAUUAAAUUUUAUUUUCCUUUGCCGAACAUUUUGUUUUGUUUCAUUUAUUUCUGAUUAGAUUUGGUUUGUUUGGUUUGUUUCCAGAUCUCUCCUUGAUGAAUUCCGUUAGAUUUGGGGCGUCUCUCACUGCGUUACAUUAGGACCAAGACGCCGAGCUAGUGCAUUUUGUAAGUGUUUAUUUAGCGAGAGCUUUUCAUUUUGUUGGUGUUAGAUGGUCAGGAAACACUAAAGCUCUGUGUUCACGCUCUGUAGUGAAGUAACUCCUACAGCUUCAGUAAUAUUUACACCUCAAGGGCACUUCAGGAGGCUGCCGGAGUAGUGAACCACAGUGAAUCUGUCCUGUUCCGCUGGGGGGUGGGGGGGCACAGACAAGUCUUUAUUUUAGACCUCAGUCUUUUAAUGCAGCUAUUUUAUGACUUAUAACUGCAGUGAGGUGAAGAGGAAAAAAAACCGUUUAUGCAGAAUAUUUCUCCGAUCGUUUCUCGAACCCUGAUUGGCCGACAUCUUAAAGAGCUCUGCUGAGUGUUUGUGUUGUGGUUUAUAAACCAUCACAAUACUGUAGCUACGGCUAGCUGAGAGAUCCUCAACAGUGGUUACUGCAGUGAAACCAUGGCAACAACCACUCAAUGUUGCUAUGGCAACACCGUGUUCAGUAUACAUCUGGUUCUGUUUCUGUCUCUUGUGUUUUAUCUUGGUCUCCUUUUUCUGUCUCUCUCUCUCCGUCAGUCUUGCUUUCUCUCUGUCCAUCUGUAUCUCUCUCUGCCCCCCCUGUCUGUCUGUCUGUCUGUCUCUCUCUCUCUCUCUCUCUCUGUCCCCCUCUCUGCCUGUCUCUCCCCCCUCCCUUUCUCUGUUAUAAUACACAGGUUAAGAAGACUUGUCAGAUGUUGAACACACACUGGUGUUAGUGAUGUGUGUGAUUGUCCUGCUCUGCCUCUUGGUGGUGAUGUGUAGUGUUUUGGUGUGUGUGUGUGUGAGAGAGAGAGAGAGAGAGAGAGUGUGAGUGUGUUAUAUUUAUUGUUGUACAUGAUUCGUGUCAUCCAUGUACAGACUUUGUUUUUUUUAAUUGCCAUUUUCAGAUUUACAGUCAGACUGUAAUGUGGUUUUAUUUCAAAUAAAAUACAAAUCAAAUGGAAA